GAUCCUUCGUUGUUUAGCGGCUUCUUAUAAAAUUUAAAUCACUGUUCGACGGAAAUGACCACCUAAACUUGGUAACCCUUCUCACGCCCAGUCCUUUGAGCAACGUCGACGUCGACAUGGAUCAGGUCGCAGCCAAAAAGAUUCUUCAAGAGCUCAGCAAGCGUGAGGAUCUGAAGAACAAGACAUGUGUAGACUGUGGUAAUCCAAACCCACAAUGGGCUUCAGUUAGUUUCGCGAUAUUUCUGUGCUUGCAAUGCGCUGGUGUACACAGAGGGUUCGGAGUGCACAUCAGCUUCGUGAGAUCAGUUUCAAUGGAUACUUGGCAGGCGGAUCAGAUCAAGCGUAUGCAGCUCGGCGGGAAUGCUCCUUUCAGACAAUUCAUCGAGUCAUACACACCAAUAGAUCAAGGCGGAUAUAAGCAAGGUACAAGUGCAUACGAUACCUACCAUUGUUGGGCAGCUUCGCAAUAUCGCGAAAAAUUAGACGCGGCCCUAGCCGACAAACCUUGGACUCCAUCCGCCCCACCAUCCAGCUCCGGGAGCGGAACGAACUCUCCAGGACGUCCGUCUUCUGCGCAAGGUUUACGCAAGUCGCGUACCUCGGCACGUAACAUUACGUCUCCGGUGUCCUCCGCAAGUUCGCCGCAACCCUCCCUGGAUCUAACCACUACGGAUCAAAAAUCUGCCAACGAAGCUUUUUUCUCAUCCCUAGGUCAAGCAAACGCCACUCGCCCUGCAGAUUUACCCCCCUCCCAAGGCGGCCGUUAUCAAGGAUUUGGGAACACGCCUUCACCUCCAACCUCUCAACACCCGUCGUUCGGACUUUCAUCCACCUCAGCUCCCACACUUCAAGACUUCCAGGAUAAUCCGGGAGCCGCCCUAAGCAAGGGGUGGUCUCUCGUUUCUGCAGUUGUCGCUGGUGCAUCGCGUGUUGUCAGUGAAAAUGUGAUUCAACCUGGAAUGGAGCGUGCUCUGGAUCCAAACCUGCAUGCUACCGUUCGCGGGUACAUGUCAGAAGCGCAACGCCGCGCACAAGAUGCAGGUCGUUCGGCAAAUGAAUGGUCUAAAACUCAGUUGGGCAUCGAUGUUGCUGAUCAAGUAGGAGGCGUGGUGGGGACGGUGAAAGACACGUUGGGGUCAGGGCCACAAGGUUCUGGGUAUGGAGCCCUGUCGAUGCAUAAUGAUGGGGAGACGUCGGCAUUAUAUCACGAUGACACAGAGGAUUUCUUCAACGAGUAUUCCGACGGCCGCACAAGCCUAGGUCAGUCGUCUGUUCACCCCACUUCAGGUACGUCGAGGACCCCUGGACCUGUUUCGAAAUCUAAGGACGACGACUGGGAUGAGUGGAAGGAUUUCUGAUAGGCAUUGUGGGGUUUGGUGGAUGUAGAUUUAGCUUGAAGGAUACGCUGUGCGCAUCUGUAGUGACUGUAAUGCUAGUGUGUGUAAUGGACGCUGAUGGUGAUCGACGCCGUCAGGUGCUGCAAUCCAUAUAUAUAUUUACGUGCAAAUGUGGGUCCCC